AUGUUAAGCUUUGUAAUAUUUUUUUUAAUAAUUCUAUCAAAUUUGAAUGUAAACACGGGAAUUGCAUUAUUGGGUAAAAGAAUUCAAAAGGGACAAUUUCCUUGGCUCAUACAAUUUCAAACCGUCAUUCCUUGCGGUGGAAUUUUGAUUUCUUCCGAUUGGAUUUUAACAGCGGCACAAUGUGUUCAAGACGAUCGACAAUCAAUUUUACUCCAAGCCGUUGGUUUAAAUGAAACAGAAUCAUUACAAGUUAUAAAUGUGAUGCAUGCAUUUAUAUUUCCAAAAUUCAAUUAUGACUUCGGCAUUCAAGAUCCUAACAAUAAUAUCGCUUUAAUUAAAUUAAUAAAACCAUUUAAUUUAUGUGAUUCUGAGUUUCCUUUUCUAGAUCUAGGACCACGCAAUCAUGAUGAAAAUUAUAAAUCAUGCUUUAUAUUCGGCUGGGAAAGUUAUAUUGGACCACAUUCAACAAAAGUAUUUGCAAAACCAAUUCAAUAUAGUGAAAUAAUAUUAAAUUCAUGGAAAUAUUGCGCCUACAUGUAUAAAGGAAAUGCAAAUUUUUUAAAUGUUUUUUGCACAAUGGUCGAAUCAGCUGGUGAAAGAAUGGCAUGCGCUGGAAAUCCAGGAACACCCGUUGUUUGUCAAGAUAAAAAUGAUAAAAUGGUCUUACUGGGUAUUGCCUCAUGGACCAAAUUUUCUUUCGAUUGCGGUGGUUCACCCUCUUAUCUUAACACUCAUUUGUUUAGAGGAUGGAUGAAUGAAAUAAUACAAAAUUCCAGAGAGAAUUCAAUUAAAAAAAUGGAAAUUUGUCCGAAAAAAUUAAGUACAAAUGUUGAUUUAAAAGAAAUAAAAGAAUAUUCCAAUCAAUUGGAAUUGAGAAAUCAAUUUUCUGCGGAGGAUGUUGAAAAAAUUUUAGAAGAGGCAAGAAAAUACACAAUGUCAAAUAUGAAGAAAAAAUCAUUAACUAAUAAUUUGGAGUCAAGAAAAAUUAAAAAUAACUUAACAUUUGAUAAUGAAAAUUAUAUCGUUUCAAGUAAUAUCGAAAAUAUAAAGAAAAAAGAAAAUAAUUUCAAAUAUAAAGAAAUUAAUUUAAAAUCAAUAGAAACAGUUAAAGAAAUUGUAACAAAAAAUACAAAUUUUGAUGAAACUGAUGAAUUAUUACCUUUUACAAUUGACGAUGAAGAUGAUGAUAAUGAUGAAUCUCAUUCUUGUGGUUAUAGUAGCACGUUUGUAAAUAUUUUCCCAUUUAAAUGCAAAUUAAUCAUUUUCUCACUAAUUUUUAUAUAUAUCAUCUAUUUUGUACUGUUUUUGUAA